AUGUCAGCAUUUAAGAAAAUGUUCAAUGUUUUACGUUCAAACAAAACAGAGGAUAGCAUAUUGGAUAUGCGGGCAAUGAGGGAUAAAAGUUUAGAUUCCCACUACACGCGUAACAACAGACCGAGUGUGUACUCAUUUCAAAAUAAUUUCGGCGUCUCAUGUAGAACAUCGACGAUGUCCACAACAUCCGAAGUGUCUCACAUUAACUACGCUAAUGAAUUGACAAAUUGGCGUCAGUUGGAGCCCAACACGUCAAUACCUUUUCCUGGUAGUUCAAUGUUACCAGCGUAUUAUGGUCAAUUUGGAUAUCCCGAAACAUAUCCGACAAAUAUGCCAUAUCAAAAUUCAAAUUUUGGUUAUCCACUAUUAACCGAAAAUCAAAUGAUGUUAUCGGAGAAUCCAUUGUAUACAGAAAAUAGAUUAAUUAGUGCUGAUAGUCCUCUGCCAACAUUACCCAAUAUGACAACUUUGUCCGAACCUAGAAAUCAAUUUGCAAACUCACGUCCUGAUGCAUUCAGAUCUAGUAUGGUACCCGUACCACUAGAUAAGUUAAAAAGGAUGCGCGCAGCGAAAGAUUUAUACAACGUUUUGAAUUACUUGGAUAGCGACGAGGCUUUCUUAAAGAAAACAAAUAAAUCCAACAAGACCAAGAAAAAUAGCAAACAAAUGUUUUAAACUUGAUCCAAUUUGAAUUUGGCUUCUUUCUUCGUUGCAUCGGUUCGAUGAAGUUGAUACAGUAAACGCUCCUCGAUAUGUUUCACCGCAUUAACAGUUAGUACUAAAGUGUCGUGUUUAAGCAUGGAGUAUGUAUUGAGACCAUACGACGGCAUUAAAUUCACAUAACCCAGCGCAUCAGUGGCAUAACAAAUAUUCUCCGGAAAAAUAUCAUCUCUGCAUGGAAGAAAACAUAAAUUAUUUAGAAUUUUUUAAAAUAUGUGUAAAUAAAAAAUAAAUACCUGUCCACAAUUAGCACAGAUGGUCCCCAA